GCUCUGGCGGCAGCAGGUCCUUAAAAAUGGGGAACACAAGCAGUGAGCGAGCUGGGCUGGAGCGUCAUGGCCAUAAGACAUCCCGAGGGGACACCUCGGGAGGAGCCAUCAGUACAAAAGAGGGUGACAGACCAAAGAUCUUAAUGGACAGUCCUGAAGAUGCAGAUUUGUUCCAUUCAGAGGAAAUGAAGGCUCCGUUGGAUAAAGAAGAGUUUCUAGCUUGGCAGCAAGAUCUGGAGGUGAAUGAUAAAACCCCCACUCAAGCUCGACCAACAGUCUUUCGCUGGACUGGAGGAGGAAAAGAAGUUUUUUUAUCUGGAUCCUUCAACAACUGGAGUAAAAUUCCUCUGACAAGGAGUCACAACAACUUUGUGGCAAUCCUGGACCUGCCAGAAGGAGAGCACCAGUACAAGUUCUUUGUGGACGGGCAGUGGACACAUGAUCCUUCAGAGCCAGUAGUAACCAGCCAGCUAGGCACCAUCAACAACAUUAUACAGGUGAAGAAAACUGACUUUGAAGUAUUCGACGCUUUGAUGGUGGACUCCCAGAAAUGUUCAGACAUGUCUGAGCUGUCAAGUUCACCUCCAGGACCAUACCACCAGGAGCCCUAUGUGUGUAAGGCAGAGGAGCGCUUUAAGUCACCACCUAUUCUUCCUCCCCACCUGCUGCAGGUCAUCCUGAACAAGGACACAGGCAUUUCUUGUGAUCCUGCUCUACUCCCUGAACCCAACCACGUCAUGUUGAACCACCUCUACGCACUUUCUAUCAAGGAUGGAGUGAUGGUGCUUAGUGCUACACAUCGCUACAAGAAGAAGUAUGUGACUACUUUGCUCUACAAGCCAAUAUGAGCAUCAUAGUAGCUUGUGACCAAUCGUUCUGCGCCAGUGCAGUCUCAGAAAAAAACCUUUCUCUUAACCAAAUGUACUUCUGCUCUGUGCUGUAGCAAAGGAAUUCUGAUUUCACAUUGUUUCUGAGACUUCCUGAUUUUCCUAGAUUUGCCUUAUUCCCCCAGUCCCACCUUGGAAGUUCUCAGAGAUGGCAGCUUUGUGGCAAAGGCAUCAGUGCCUGUUGUCAGCUCAGGUGAAAAACCACCAGUUUAGUUAGGCUGAAAAACGUGAGGGUGGCAACAGAGCAAAGACCUUCAGCAGCAAGGCCACUGCAAGUGGUCAGCAAGCCAGCCCAAAGUCUAGGAAGUUCAGGAUUUUUGUGGAAUCUUACUUGAGCUCAACACUCAGCACCAGCCAGCCUGUCACUGCUUUCCUGACUCAUCAAACGCAAUUAUUUCAGUAGCAAGCUCCAAGCCUGGGGCACUGAAAUAAGUGUGACUGUUGAGGAUCCAUUCCUAGCAGCCUUUGCGGGGUGAAAUCAGCGACACA